CGCACCCAUCUGUCAUUCUGUGAUUCACAAAACUAUCACUUUUCAGACUUUCCUCCCUUGGUCUAUAAUGUACUAUUACCUUUUUCAAAUUUUCGCGCGCUGCUUUUUUUAAUCAAAUGGUGACACUGCGUAUGCGUCCAAUGAAAAUCAGCCCUAGAUUUUCUCUUGUUGGGAAUAACUCUUAUCUAUACAAUGUGAAUGUUCAGUAAAUGCAAUUUUAAAAUGUGUAGUAUAAAAAUUGUCUUAUUAUUAUUACUAGUAUCAUUAUGUAAAGCGAAACAAAAUAUAUUAUUUAUUAUGGUCGAUGAUCUCCGUCCCGCGUUAGGUUGUUACGGAGAUAAGAAUGCCUACACUCCGAAUAUUGAUAAUUUAGCUGAUACAAGUGUAGUAUUUACUCGAGCAUAUGCACAGCAAGCUCUGUGUGCUCCAAGUAGAAAUUCACUUUUAACAAGCCGCCGACCAGAUACACUGCAUCUGUACGACUUUUACAGUUACUGGAGAAAAAACAAUAAUUUUACAACUCUCCCUCAACAUUUAAAAGCCAACGGCUACAUAACAAAAUCUAUCGGAAAAAUAUUUCACCCCGGUGUCAGUAGUAAUUAUUCCGACGACAGUCCGUACUCAUGGACAGAAAUUCCUUUUCAUCCCCUGACAGAUAAAUAUAAAAAUGCUCCCGUUUGUCCAUCAGCCCAUGGAUUAGCUCGUAAUCUUAUCUGUCCCGUAAAUAUUUCAUCGAUGCCGUAUUCGACGCUGCCAGAUAUUGAAAAUUUGAAUGCCGCCGAAAAUUUUUUAUCAAAUCACUCGGUAGCAAGUCCGUUUUUUUUAGCAGUCGGCUUUGAAAAACCUCAUAUCCCAUUCAAAUUUCCCGCUGAAUUUUUGAAAUAUCAUCCGGUAGACAAAUUUCACUUGAAAAAUUAUUUCUGGCCGGAAAAUGUCAGCAGUGUUGCUUACAAUCCAUGGAUUGAUUUGAGGAAACGCGAAGACGUUGACGAUUUGAAUUUGAAAUUUCCGUGGGAAAAAAUUCCAAAGGAAUUCGCUGUGAAAAUAAUCCAGUCUUACUACGCAUCAGUGACUUACGUUGAUUAUUUAGUGGGUAAAUUAAUUAAGCAGUUGAUUAAAAUGGAGAUUGAUAAAAAUACGGUGGUCGUAUUGACUUCUGAUCACGGGUGGUCAUUGGGCGAGCAUGGUCUUUGGGGAAAGUACAGUAAUUUUGAAGCUGCCGUACGGGUUCCUUUGAUUGUUUCGUUGCCGAGGAUAAAGAAUAAAAUUUAUAGUAAGUCGAUAGUAGAAUUGGUCGAUUUGUUUCCAACGAUAGCUGAACUUGGGGGAAUUCCAAUUGAUACUUGUGGAAAAAUGAAUGAUGGCUUGUGUACGGAAGGUAAAAGUUUUGUGCCGGUUCUCGAAGCUGCUGCUGAGAAUAAGGUAAUCAAUUGGAAAAAAGCAGCAUUCAGUCAGUAUCCACGUCCAGGAUUAAUUCCCACCUGGAAACCGAGCAGUGACGAGCCGCGAUUCAAAAACAUUAAAAUAAUGGGGUACACACUACGAACUUCGCGCUAUCGUUACACUGCCUGGGUGUCUUUCCAUAAAAAUUCCUCCGACUGGGAAACUUUAAUUGCCCAGGAACUGUACAACCACUCCAUAGAUCCCCAUGAAAUGACCAACCAGCAAGCGAACAAUCACUACUCAAAAAUAAAACGUAAAUUAUUUAAAUUACUAAAAGCAGGAUGGAGAGAGGCAUUGCCUCGUUAAAUAAAUAAAUGUUUUAAUUGAUUAUAGCAAAUUUAUUUAUAACGAUUAUUUAAAAACAAUGAGAUUUAUAAUCGCUAGUAAUUUAAAAAUAUAAUUGUGUAAAUAAUUUAAGAGAUGA